CAAACACGUGCUAUGCGGCGGGUAAGAGCAUCGUUACAAAAUUGGAAAGAAAUAUUCAACCAAAAUUAUUCCAGACAGAGAUCCAUCAGCACGAGACGAGAAUAUAAUAGUGUGUGGUAACAUGAAUCUGGACAGUUAAUUGAACGAAUAUAUUAUAACAUAAUAUCAAGAAACAAAAAACAGGAAAAGGACAAGAGAUGCUGCUAUAAAGUCAACACAUGUCCAACAAUAUCCACACUAUGACGUCGAACAUGAUAAUUUACAAAACAAAGAAAAAUAAAUAAUGUGGAAAACGUUAAAGAUUGUCCUGUUAUUGACAACAUGUGACAUGAUAAAAUCCGGAAACGUAAGCCUAGUUUUGUUUGAUAGUCUGUGUAAAAGAAGUGAUGACGAUUUGAACAAAUUGAUCAGUUCUGAACUAACACUAGAAAGCAAUGUCUUCGUAACACAAGUGUGUGCAAAGGAAAACGAUAACAUUGAAAGCAUUAUAAAAAGCAAGGAUGUGGAUAUAUUCGUAGGAGCCAUGAAUCUAGACGACGAUAAAUAUUAUCUAAAAUUUGCAGAAUUUUUCAAUAGACCUUACAUUUCACCAAAUGGAAUUGACAGACAUUUAGCUGGAGAUAUUGUUUGGUCGCUUGGGGUUAAUUAUCAGAGGUUAUCUACCGCUCUAGGAAUAGUUCUAACUCAUUUUAAGUGGAGACAGGUCUUGUUGAUAAUCGAGGAAAGGACUGAAUAUGUAACGUUUGGGAAUGAGAUGUUUAUUGAGCUGGUGCAUGAUGGGUUCAGACCUUCCAUUAAUUAUGUGAGACAGGACUAUACAGAUACAGAGGUCGAAGUGAUGUUGUCAAAGAUAAAUAAUCAACAAAAAGCCAUUGUUCUUCUGACUACAACCAAAGUGCAAAACAGAAUCAUCGUAAUUGCUGGAAGGAAGGACGGCUUUGCUGAGCAACAUUCGUUGUUUAUCCUCCAGACAAAUCCUUAUCAGAAACCUCACAUCGAACGAUUCAAUGAUACUAUUUUUGAAAACACGACAAGUGAUAUUUUGCAGUCUAUAUUUUUCCUGCAACCUAGUUUUGAAAAUGCGGAAGGUAAACUUUCCAAACGGAAUGUAGUGACAAUUAAAGAAUCAUUGUCUUUUCAGAGAACAAUAAGAAAAUCACGAAGUGUUACAAAUGAUGACACAAUAGUUAUAAACUUCAUUUACGAUUCUGUGAUGUCGUUAGACGCACUAAGCGCUGACAGAAAUAUCAGUGAUGUACGAUCAUUUUUUCGUAGCAUAGGCAAUAGAACCUUUCUGUUAUAUUCCGGGACAAUCAAAACUGACAUUUCUAAUAAUGUUUUAUUCGAUUUUGUUCUGAGUGAUAUGAACAUCGAACAAUGGCAAAUAGAUCGUGUGCAGGAAAUAAAGCAGCUUUCAGACGGUAAUUGGGCAAUAAUUGGACUUUCAAAGGUUAGAUGGCCAAAGAAUAUUGUGUUGGGUCCCGACCCAUGCUUCCAUUUAGAUUCUUGCAGGCAAGAAUCAGAAGGAGGACUAGAUGCUCUUUAUAUUCUUGCCAUUGCCAUAGCUGUCUUGUUUGUUGCCGGGGUAGCAAACUGCAUAAUAAAAAUCACUGUGUG